UACUAGGGAUUUUGCGAUGACAAAUUUGCCGAAAAUUUGUGGAAAGCGCGCGGUGCGCCCACGCGAAAGUCGGUAAAACUCGCGAAAUUAAAGACAGUUUGGCGACCGCUGGUAGAUGUCGUUUCGACCAAUCAGAACAGCAGCUUGAAUUUUGGCAAAUUUACAGUUAUUUAAACAGUGGCUAAUCAAAACAUUCAUCUUAUCAUUGACCUACAUUAUAAAUUAAAGUGAAAUUAACAAAUUUAUUUUAAUAAUACAAAUAUUAAUCCGUUUUUAUUUUUAAACUAUCAAAAUAUGUAAUGUUGAAUGGUAUGCAACCAUAUAUACACAAAAUUUAAAAAAUUCUGAUCAUAUAGGCAACUAACAAAGCAUCUCACAUAAUAAAAAAGCGCAGUAAACAAAACUGCGAUGUUUACAUGGUUUUCAAUCGUCAUAAACUCGUAAAAUACGCGAAUAAAACCGCUGUUAAUGCAUAAAAUAUGCUACUGUGUUAAAAUUUAGUCGUGCCAACAAUUCCAUAGCGUCAAAAAUGAGCGGAGCGGUCUACAGCGGAGAUGACAUUGGAGCAAUUGUCAUGGACAUUGGCAGCAAUACCAUUCGAGUAGGCUAUGCAGGUGAAGAAUUUCCCAGGCAUGACAUUCCAACACAAUAUGCCUACUACCAAGAUGAAAAUACAACAAAAUAUAACUUUGGAACACUUGGUUUACAUGCUCCUCAUGCUGGUGCUGAAAUUUCAACUUGCUUGAAAGAUGGAAUGGUUGAUAACUGGGAGAUUUUUGAGCUAAUGAUGAACUACAUCUUCAAUUCACGUCUUCAUACUAAUCCAGAGAAUCAUCCAAUUAUUCUUUCUGAGCCAGCUUGGAUCAUCCAAACGAAACGUGAGCAAAUGGUCGAACUCUUCUUCGAGAAAUACAACGUCCCAGCUGUAUACCUCGCAAAAACCCCUCUUCUAGUCGGCGUAGCCAACAACCGACCAACAUGUCUCGUCGUCGACGCAGGUUUAACUCACACAACAGCCGUCCCACUUCAUGACGGCAUCCUCAUGGCUCAAGCAAUUGUAAAAUCUCCUGCUGGUUCAGAUUUCACUCUAGAACAAUCCCGAAAGAUGCUGAGCGAUAAACACGUUGAUCUUGUACCGUAUUAUCGCGUCUCAUCAAAGGAAAUCGUAAAACCUGAUGAGCCUGCUGUGUGGAAAGAGAGAUAUUAUAAAGCAACAGCUUCAUGGCAUAAUUAUAUGGUGAAAGAGCUCCUGCAGGAUUUUCAGUCUACGGUGCUGCAGGUAGCAGAUGCGCCGUAUGAUGAAGAAGUGGUGAAGAGUAUUCCGGCCGUGCAUUAUGAGUUCCCGAAUGGGUUUCAUCGGGAUUUCGGUGUGGAGCGGUUUAAAGUGGUUGAACCGCUGUUUAAUCUUGCGUCGAGGCCUUCUGCGGGCAUUCAGCCGUCGUUGGAUGUUAGCUCGUUGGUUACGACGAGUGUUGGGAUGUGUGAUGUUGAUACACGUCCAUUGAUGUAUGCAAAUGUAGUCGUCACAGGUGGAAACUCGAACAUCCAGGGUUUCACCGACCGCCUAACACGUGACUUGCAAUCUAAAGUUCCGCCCUUAGACCUCCAAGCUUUGCACUGCGCAGAAUCCACUUAUCAAAUGAAUGUGUAUGUGUAUGUGUCAUAUGCUGUUCUAGAGUAUGCGCUUGAAGGUGAUCUCACAAAAUGGCAGCAUCGAUAGACGCUUCUCGCCGUGGCUUGGCGGCGCCAUCUUGGCUUCGCUGGGUAACUUCCAGUCGUUCUGGAUCUCACGCCAGGAAUACGACGAGACAGGCAAAGCCAUCGUACAGAAUCGAUGUUAAAACCAAGCAAUUUUGACGCAAACUUAUGCUAAAUGUGAAAGUUUUGGGUUAUGUUUAACCUGCAAUUUGAUUGUAACCUGAGUUCCUCUUGCAAACGUUGAUUUCGAACGUUCUCGACUGUAUCAUGUGCCAAAGAUACGAAUUUCUUUGACGAGUUUCAUUUCGCAAAGAUUUUUGGCCUAUUUUAUUAAGGAUUUCAUAAUAAAAUCUUUCAAUGUGUAAAA